GCUUUUGCGGAUAUCUAUAAAUCUCUCUCUCUCUCUCUCUCUCUCUCUCUCUCUCUCUCUCCCUUUCUGUUCAAAAGUCGCUGAUGAUCGAUUCCAUGCUCUUCUGCAACAAAAAUGCUAUCUACCAACCUAGAAUCUUUUGAGUUUCAGUAAAAUGUUCCCAAUAGCGACUUGCUUGGUGCCUAUCGUAUUCAUAUUACUUGCUCUUCCGAGCUCAAAAUCUGCAAAAUCGCAUGAAAUUGUUCAGAGGUCGGUACUAGUAGAAAACCAAGUUCAACCCAACAUUAAUUCUUCUUGUGAGCAUGGGUUCAUCUUCAUCAGAAGCAAGAAAUUGGAGCUGGGCACCGUUUUAAUUGUAGGAAAUAUGACGGUUUUGAGCGAAAACAGAACGUUCGCGCUCGGGUUCUUCAGCACCAAUGGCGAAUCCAACUGGUAUUUGGGAAUCUGGUACGCUUUCAUUCCAACCCCAACUUACGUUUGGGUUGCCAAUCGCGAAGUACCCGUAAAAAAUCUGAGCUCUGCGAGGGCGGAACUCACUGCGGAUGGGCGAUUACGAGUUGUGGAUUCGAAGGAAUCUGUAGCGUGGCAGAGUACAAAUACAGAGAAAGCGCAUAAAUUGAAGCUUUUGGAUUCGGGAAACCUAGUGUUAGUCUCAGAUGAAGGGACCAUUGUGUGGCAGAGCUUCGAUUUUCCGGCGGAUACAUGGCUUCCGGGAAUGAACAUCACAAGGAGCCGAUCGAUAACCUGUUGGCGAAGCCCCUUCGACCCCUCGUCCGGAAAGUAUUCGCUGCGGCUGAAAUCGCCGGAGUACGGCGAGUUCGAGCUCGUUUAUAACCAGAGUGAGGCAUAUUGGUCUACUGGAAAUUGGACCGGAGCUGCAUUUGCCGGGAUACCGGAGAUGACGAUUCCGUAUAUAUACAAGUUUUGGUUCGUCAAUCCAUUCACGCCGGCGGCGUCCUUCGGGUACGCGGAGGUGGCGAUGGAGAGCGGGUUCCGGCCGCCGUUCACGCGCUUCAACGUGGACCCUUCUGGUCAGCUCUGGCAAUACACAUGGUCGCCGCAGAUAGAGAAUUGGAACAAGUUCUGGUCGCGACCGGAGAGCCCGUGCCGAGUUUAUGGGCUUUGUGGAAAUUUUGGUUUCUGCAGCAGAAGGCUGAAGCCUUGCGCGUGUCUCGCUGGUUUUAGGCCCGUCGACAGCCUUCAGUGGAACGCCGGAGACUAUUCCAGCGGUUGCCACCGUGAUGGAGAUUGCAACGAAAGUGACGAGUUCGAGGAAAUUGGCGCGGUCAGCUUCAAUGGAGCGUUCAGUGAGUCAUUUUCAGGCAGCCGGGGUGUUUGCGAGAGGUCCUGUUUGAGAAAUUGCUCGUGUAUUGGAUUGUUCCACAAUCCAAACACUAAUUUAUGCAAAAAUCUGUAUGGCUCUCUGUUGAACCUACAAAAUCUUUCUGAUAGCACAGUCGACGAUGUAUUGCUUGUUCGUGUCAAAAUAACAAAACCGAGCAAGAACAAGAAGUGGAGAGACACUGUUUUGAUCGCUAGCAUUAUUGGAUCUAUUGUGAUUCUCGGAUUCUUCGUUGCAGCGUUCCUCGUUGUGCGAAAAAGAAUCCACAAGAAAAAGAAAGAAGAGGAGGAUUCCGACUUCCCUGUAACUAAUUUGAAGGUAUUUUCAUACAAAGAGCUUCACGCCGCUACACGAGGCUUCUCUGAGAAACUCGGGCACGGCGGGUUCGGGGCGGUGUUUCGAGGAGAACUAUCAGAUUCUUCCCUCGUAGCCGUGAAACGCCUGGAGCGCCCGGGCGGCGGCGAGAGAGAGUUCCGAGCUGAAGUCUGCACAAUUGGGAACGUUCACCAUGUCAAUCUUGUGAGACUCAGAGGCUUCUGCUCCGAAAAUUCUCAUCGACUUCUGGUUUAUGAUUAUAUGCCCAAUGGUCCUCUGAGCGUGUACUUGCGCCGAGACGGUCUGAAUCUGAGCUGGGAGGCCAGAUUCCGGGUGGCAAUCGGGACGGCGAAAGGCAUCGCAUAUCUUCACGAAGAAUGCAGAGAUUGUAUCAUCCAUUGCGAUAUUAAACCGGAAAAUAUUUUGCUGGCUAGCGAUUUCACGGCGAAGGUAUCGGAUUUCGGGUUAGCGAAGCUCAUAGGCCGGGAUUUUAGCAGGGUUUUAGCCACCAUGAGAGGCACUCGGGGCUAUGUAGCCCCGGAAUGGAUCUCCGGUGUGGAGAUCACCACUAAAGCCGAUGUUUACAGCUACGGAAUGACGCUACUGGAGUUAAUCAGCGGCCGCCGAAACGUGGAGGCGCCGCCCACAGCGCCGCCGUCGAGCGCAGAGGAUAGAGCAAGGGACGAUGGAUCAGGAGAACAGUGGUUCUUCCCUCCGUGGGCGGCGCGUCAAAUAAUAGAGGGGAAUGUGGCGGCGGUGGUGGAUGACAGACUCGGCGGCGCGUAUAACACUGCGGAGGCGGAGCGCGUGGGAUUGGUGGCCGUGUGGUGCAUACAGGACGAUGAGCAUGCGAGGCCUGCGAUGGGGAUGGCGGUGAAGAUGCUGGAGGGGGUGGUGGAAGUGGCCGUUCCGCCGCCGCCAAAGCUGCUUCAAGCAUUAGUUUCCGGGGAGUCGUUUCGUGGGAUUAAAGCGGAUUCCGGCGACUGCGCAUCUACUCCUGGCGGUGGGGGUGAUUGGUCAGAUGACAAUGUAGAACAAGUAUCUAGAGAUUCACAAUCUUCUCCGGGUAACAACACCCCGUGGCAGUGAAUGUAACUAACAAGUUAUCAUCAGAAGUAUUGACUAAUUAAUUGGCAAAUUGAGCUGCAAUUAAGUUACAUUGGGGGGUUUCAAUUGGUGUCGCGAUCUCAAGUGGCAAGUUUUUUUUGCAAUGUAAUUCCAAUGGAUAAUAUCAUCGGAGUUUAACAGAAA